GUGGUGGCGGGACACCUCAGUCUCUCGAAUCCGGGACCGCAAGCCCAAAUAAGGACCGUCACCAGGGCUGUCACCCAUCCCGACUACUCCGGGUCUGUCCCCGUCACGCUCUGUCCUUUUGGAGGCCCUAAGCCCCACAUCCGCAGUACUCUGACCGUUUUCAUGCGAAAAUCUUUUACCUAUGCCGCUCGAGCGAAUCCAUUCCAUUCCAGCGUGGUGAACGACAUAACCGUGGUGACCGUGGACCCCCCGUUCGAGUUCAACGAGUUCGUCGGACCCGUCACGCUCGCGCUCGACGGCCAGCAGCCAUCCACUGGACGAGGGGCGUGCACUGCAUCCGGUUGGGGAGCAACGUUGACGGGCGGAGCCAGCAACGAACUCCUGUACGUGAACAUCGACUUCAUCGACGACGAGACGUGCAUGGAGAUGUGGGCGCCGGAUGGUUCCAGCCCGAUUCCCGAACAGAACAUCUGCGCCGGGGUCGAGGAAGGAUUCCACACCGUCUGCUAUGGUGAUUCGGGUGGACCCAUGGUGUGCGACGCCGACGACGGCGGCCGGUACCUGUUCGGAUCCACGUCGUGGGGACCCUCGAAUUGCGGCAUCCCCGAGCGACCUGCUGUCUGGGCGGAGGUCCCGUACUUCACCGAAUUCAUCCUCGAGCAGAUGGAGGGAGCUUAGCUUCCUCGACGAGAUCGGGGGAGCUUCACCAGCCUCCAUUCCUUCUUCACUUAAAUAUACCGGUUCUAAAAGAGUGCCGUUGCUUCGCCUCGUGUUGGAUGGCCUUGGAGGUCCACGUUUGAAACACUAUAUACAAUUUUUGGAAAUUUUCGAUCCUUCAUCGUAAAAAUUUCCGACCCAGAGCAUGUAAACAGAUAAGUUUUAGUUUCUUACCCUAAUUGUAAAACCCACUCAUCCCCAAAAUGCCCUCGAACAAUUAAGACGU